UUGUUUAUAAUAGCUGACGUUUAUGGAGUUUUCGGUGCUAAAUACAGAGAAAAUAAGCAAGACGCGUUUUUCAAUUACGUUAUAAAUUGCAGUUAAACAAAACAAUAAUUGUUAUCCAAAGGUUUUUGAAGCAUACAAAUGUAUGUACGUUUGUAGGUUUGUUUUGGUGUUAUUGUUUCAUAAAUAUUGAGGAAUCGUAUAUGUAUGUAUGCAUGUACUUAUGUGUGUAUGUGUAUAUAUGUAGAUGUGCCCAAUCGCUUUUUGUUUAUAAAUAUAAAAACUGUUAAUUCAUUGCAAUUGCAAAACAGCAAGGAUAUUUGUCACGAUCGCAACACAUGAUGUCAGAUGGAUCACCGCCCCCAUCGAUUUGUUUUAUACGAGCCGCGGAAUCAUAUCCAAAAUCGCAAAUGGAGAAGGAAGAUUCACAAUUGAUUGUUCCGUUUCAAGAGCUUGCCGGCGAGUCAAUUAAAUAUUUGGGUCGAACCGAUGAUGGAAUUUUGGCAUUAUCCAAUUAUCGCAUAUUUCUGUCCAAGAAAGCGACAACAACAUUUGAAACAUAUAUACCGCUGGGACUGAUUGAAUCGGUGCAAGUGCGUGAUCUAUUCCAACUGGUUGUUAAUUGCAAAGAUGCCAGCACUGUUAAAUGCUCGUUCCAAUCGGCCGAGCAAUGCUUGGAAUGGCAACGUCGCAUUCAGUUGCUAAUUGGUGUACCUGAAACGCUGGAAACGCUUUUUGCAUUUCCAUUUUACUCAUGGACAGGUGACAUCAUUGGCAAUAAGGAGCGAUCGAUAUUAGCCAAUGGAACCAAUGGAACAACAGCAAUUGGCAACAACAACAAAUCAACAUCUCAGCCAACAACUGCAGAGAAUCAAACACAAUCACAAUCAAUUCCAACUGGAGACCAUCUUCAUCGAUUGCAGCGUGCGGUUCGAUAUGAGAGUGAUUUUAAAAAUGAAGUUGCUCGUCUUGGAUUCGAUUUGAAAGGAUCGUGGCGUAUCUCAAACGCCAAUGCAGACUUUAAGCUGUGUCCAUCGUAUCCCCAAAAGUUACUGGUACCAUGCUGCAUCACAGAUGAAAUGCUUCACAACAUUGCCAAUUUUCGUGGAUCACGCCGUUUGCCGGCCGUUGUUUGGCGUCAUCAGAAAUCUGGCGCUAUUCUGGCAAGGUGCAGUCAACCCGAAGUUGGUUGGCUCGGCUGGCGUAAUUAUAAGGAUGAGCAGCUAUUGAAAGCUCUGGCGGAUGCCUGUGCUUUCGAUAGAGGCGAGCAUGCGAGAAGACAGGCUAAGGAUAUAGCCAAUGGAGAGACGGGCUCCUCAGGACACAGUUCACCAUCUCUGGGAGAUUCCUCACACGAGGAACUCGCACUAGAUGAAAUCCGCAAAAUUCUAAUCGUCGAUGCCCGCAGUUAUACGUCAGCGGUUACAAAUCGAGCUCGCGGUGGCGGUUGCGAGUGCAUUGAAUAUUAUCCAUGUGCUGAAAUCGAAUUCAUGAAUUUGGGCAACAUCCAUGCUAUCAGAAAGAGCUUUCAUGCUGUUCGCCAGCUGUGUGCAUCAUCGCCAGAUGAUCCCAAUUGGUUCGGUCAAUUGGAGAAAACAAUGUGGAUGCAACAUCUGUCGGGUUUGUUGGGUGCAACAAUGACUGUUGUCCAUACAAUUGAAAAGAAUGGUCGUCCUGUUUUGGUACAUUGCUCCGACGGCUGGGAUCGUACACCACAAAUUGUGGCAACGGCGCAAAUCUGUCUAGAUCCCUUCUACAGAACAGUUGAAGGAUUUCGAGUAUUAGUUGAACGCGAAUGGUUGAACUUUGGCCACAAGUUUGCUGAUCGCUCUGGAAAUGGACCAAAUUCGGAUGAGAGUAACGAGCGAUGUCCAGUUUUUCUACAAUGGCUCGAUCUGGUGCAUCAAAUACACAAGCAGUUCCCCUGUAGCUUUGAGUUCAGCAUAGGUUAUUUGAUUAAACUGGCCCAGCAUUCUUUGUCUUGUCUUUUUGGCACGUUCCUAUGCAAUUCGCUAAGGGAAAGAAUCGAGAAUUCUGUCUUUGAUCGUACAUUUUCAGUAUGGCCAUUUUUAGCGGAAACGAUGUAUAGAAAUCCACUCUAUAAGCAUGAGACUGAUAAGGUACUUUGGCCAGCACAUAAUGUGCGAUUUUUACACUUUUGGUCUGAUGUAUACUUGGGUAGCUUAGGCAAUAAAAAUGGUACCGAUCUUCCUCUACAAAACAAUGAACGACAAGGUGUACACAAUGGCAAUAGCAAUGGCAAUGGCAGCGGUUCAUCAGCAAAAACACGUUCAACUGACAACAUUGCAACGAACGAGUUGACACAGAGCACGAUAUCAAGAAGAUCGAGCGAUCCCAAUUUGGCUGUCGAAUCAAUUGUAACGGAUGGCUUAAAUCUGAAUGUGAAUAGCAACUCCAUGUUUGACAUACGAUCGGAGGCAAAGGAAUGCAUUAUUGUUACUAAUCAUGAUAUCAAACAAGACUCCGACUCUGAUGAUACCUGCGACAGCCCAAAACUGAGGGAGGACGAGGAGCACGAUCAGCACCAAGAGGAGGAUGCACAGAUUGGUUCCAAAAGUUUGAUAUCCGAGUUAAUUAAUGACCAAAGCACUUCAUCAAUUCAAUGUGAUAUAUUGAAUGACGAAACGCCAACUUUAAAUGGCAAAAUCACUAUUCAGCGCAUCGAUUCCGAGCCUUUAAAUUCACCAAAUGAUGAUGCGCCUUCGAUUUGUGAUGAAAGCAUUAGUGAUAAUGAUAAUAGCCGGAAUUUAUGGCUUGGCCAUGGCCAAAUCGAUACUAGUACGGACACAAUAAUUCCUAUAGAAUCUACCAAAGGCGCUACAUCAAAUGGUUUAUCUAACAAUGAAAAUCAAACAGCAAUCAAAGACAGCAGCGAUGAUGUGCCUUUAGAAUCAGAUGCCGUUGACAUACCUCAAAAUAAAAAGACAGAAUCAAUUUGUGUUGCCCACACAAAUAAAAUCAGUCAAAGUUACAAUAACUUGCCCCGUGUCCACGUGAAGCCCAACAAUCUGCGAUACUUUCAACAAAGCGUCAAUUCCAGUUUGGAUUUGGAUAAAUCCGAAACGUGUGGCCCACAUUUGGAUAUGCAUUUGCCGCGAGAGAGUUCAAGUAACACUGACAACGGCUGCAGAGAAACAUGUGUGUCUAAGGAUCUAAAUGGCAGUGCGUCGAUUAACGAUGGGGACUGUCUACCAUCAUCACCUGAACAUCAAAGAUUGGAGCAUGCCCAAACGCCAAACACGUUUGCCAACUUUGAUGUGUCAACGUCUGGUAUUCCGAUGCGACGGAAUAUGCUCUGGUCGAGUCUAAACCGUGACAACACUCAACUAAAAUAUACAGAUAAUGUGGGCCCACUGCAAUUUCCGUCAUCUGGUCUUAUUUCAUUACCUCCGACACCGAUGGGAUCACAGGAUAGAACACAAUUCACCUCUCCACUUCUCUCCUGCCCCGAUGGCUUGGCUCAUGGCUUAAGUGAACAGAACAUAAGACUACAUCAAAUUGUUCAGGAGCACAAGCUACGGGAAGAAGUCUUGCUGCGUGAGAUUCAUGGCAUGCGUUUAGCAUUAUUACAAAAAGGAUGUCCCAGUUGCAAUAGUGUCGUUUCAAACAAUGUGGAGCAUGAAAACGGAUCGGAUAUUGUUGAAAAUGCAUCGACGUGUUCUUGGGAAGCUGUAGAAGAACGUAGUGGUCCAUCAUCGUAUGCCACUUGCUCGCUACAAGAGAAAAAGGCAUCAAGUGUCCUUUGGGUACCAGAUCAUGCAGUUUCACGUUGCUCAAAUUGUCAAAUUGAAUUCUGGCUUGGACGAAGAAAACAUCAUUGUCGAUCAUGUGGAGAAAUUUUCUGUGCUGACUGCUCGGAAUUCUGGGCGCCAUUGCCGUAUGAAAAGCUUUUUAAUCCAGUAAGACUAUGUGGUUCCUGUUACAUCACAGUGACAACCCAAUUACACGAAUGCCGUGCUCCUUCAUCAGCUUCAGUUUCAGAGCCAAAUCAAAAAUCAAAUGAUGUGAAUGUGACGGCGUCGAAGCCUCCGGCAGAAGCAAAAGCAAAAGUAAAUGCAGAUUCAGAAUCAGAAGUUAACUCUCAAGAGUAGUUUUCCAUUAGAUUUUAGGAUUGCAAUGUUGAAACAAUAUAUAUGUAAAUAUAAUAUAUACUCAACUAUUUAUGGCAUAUAUGUAUGUAUGUAUGUAUGUUAACCCUACACGUAUAAAACAAACAACAACAAUAACAACAACAAUUGUGCGAGAAUGUAGAACAAACACACUCACAUACACAAAACACACACGCAAUUAUACAAAUUUUGUUAGAUAUAUAUUAUAUAUGUAUGAAUAUAUACAAUAUGAACACAGUUGUAAAAUAAACUACCAAACUAAAUCAAUUCCAUAAAAAAAUAA